AUGGAGAGACAGAAGAAACAACUGCAGCGGGAGAAGUCUCUGCAGCAACACCGACCAAGAUACUCUAUGAGCGACAUACCCGAAGACCCAAACCAACGCCUUGGAUCCUCUAUUCCUUCAUCCCGGAAGCGCGCAGACUCGCAUCAACCCCAGUCAUCAACUCCACAACAUGCGCGACGAACCUCCGAGGAAGAACAGUCAUCUCAACAAGCUGUCAUUUCUGCGUACCUGAGAUCGUCAUGUUCUGACGAUGACGCGGGGCAUCCAAGGAGAUUCUCAUCAGCUGAGCAUUACUAUUCGCCGUCGCCAGCACACCACAACUCGCAAGGAGAGAUAAGAAGAAUAAGCGGGAACUUCAACGCGCCAACGGAUAUGGAAAUAGAGCGACACAAAGACUUCAAAAGGAGUUCGCGUGUGGGGAAGCUCAAGAACGCCGUCAGGGGUCUAGUUAGGGCAUGA